CGCGCGGCGCGUCUUGUGUCCUUCCUGUCCUUCCCUACAGAGACCCUCCCCGUGUCUGGACCCGGGAGGAGCAGACGCUGGACAGGGUGUGGGUGUGCAGCAGUGGAUUGUCAGACUUGGUGUCCCGGCUGCUCCCCAAUUUGUGUGUGUGGCAGUGGGGUGCAUGUGUGUUUCCUAUCCGAGACACCUCCGGGUCGUUUGCUCGGAAACAGGCUGAGGGCCCGCGUAGCCUGGAGCACCUUGGCUGGAAGGUGAGGCAGGUAGCGAGCGCCCAAGGCUCCCAUGCCCGGGCCAGGUCAGGCACCAACGAGUCCCUUAGGUCUGCAGUAUGGUGGAACCGUUUUAUAGACUGACAGUGUGAAUGUAGGAGGGGGUGGAUAUCAGAGAUCUGUUUUAUCUGCAUUUUCAGAGAGUGGUAUUGCUCUUUGAUAUGAGUGUAGGCAGGUUACUCUCUCUGGUUCCUUUCUUUACUUAUAAUUUGAGGUUUGUUGUAUUGUACCUACUUUUAAGUGGUAGUUGUGAGGAUUAAAUGGAAUUUUGAUAUGCAACAGUUGACACAGGGCCAGACACCAACUCAGGCAUCAAUGUGUCGUCGAUUUUAUUAAUAGUAGACAUCCAUCUCCCCAUUUGUACAUAAGAAGGAAACACCUAGCAAGGAAAAGUAACGUGUUCUGGGUCACCCAGCCAACUACCAUAUUGCAGAAAUUAGAAUCCAGGCACUCCCAGCAGGGGCCUUUCCACCACCCUGCACUUGUGUCUCCAUCAGGAACCUUAUCUUUACUGCUGUCUGUAACUGUCUGUGUUCCCAGUAUCUGACUCUUCAGGGCCCUGGGUACUCAGACUUGCCUGUGUUUAGGGUUUCCUGAAGAUUAAAUGGCUGCUGAAGUUCUUAAGUUUAGCUUUUAGCUCAAAAGAUACUGCUUCAGACUCUACAUUCUGAGUAGAGUGUCAGAGAAUGGAAAAAGAAAUACAAUGAAAAAGGAGAAAACUUCAAUCCAGAAUUGUUUGCCAGAGUUUCUGGGAAAAUGCUGGCAAUUCCCAGGAAGAUAUGUGGAGAAUGGAAAGGUUGCUACAUCCAAACAGUGGUGCAAAGGCUGUGAUUAUGGAGAGUUGGACCUGCAAUCUCCAAAACAGAGAUUCUCUAACCAGUUGUGGCCAAACCUGAUGCUGAAUAGAUUCAUACUUUUUCAGCUUAAACAAAGCUUAGGUUCCCUAAGGAUACGCCCAGUCCUGCUACGUGCUCUGUUUUUAAGUUUCACCUGUGCCUGUGUCUCUGCCCCAGAAGAGAAGAUGGGAUCAUCUGUGCUGUUUCUUCAAUCUUAAAAUGGAUUUCUUGCCGUUACCUCCCUUUAAACCACUUAUAAGGUUGUCAGAGCAGAUACUACAUCCCCAUUUGAGAGGAGGAAACUGAGAUUCUGAGAGUGGUGAUUAACUACCGAAGUGAUCCAAGAGGCCGUCUUUUCAUGUUAGGAGAAAUGCAGGGCUGGAGACCAGUUUGCUGAUAGUGAUCCCAAGCCAGAAGGUUCACUGGGCCCACUCCAGGCUGAACUCCAGUGCACUCAGUUAGACUUGGAGCGGAAACUCAAGUUGAACGAAAAUGCCAUCUCCAGGCUCCAGGCCAACCAAAAGUCCGUUCUGGUGUCGGUGUCAGAGGUCAAAGCAGUGGCUGAGAUGCAGUUUGGGGAGCUCCUUGCUGCUGUGAGGAAGGCCCAGGCCAAUGUGAUGCUCUUUUUGGAGGAAAAGGAGCACGCUGCUCUGAGCCAGGCCAACGGCAUCAAGACCCACCUGGAGUACAGGAGUGCCGAGAUGGAGAAAAGCAAGCAAGAGCUGGAGAGGAUGGCAGCCAUCAGCAACACUGUCCAGUUCCUGGAGGAAUACUGCAAGUUUAAGAAUACUGAAGACAUCACCUUCCCUAGUGUUUACAUAGGGCUCAAGGAUAAACUCUGGGGCAUCCGCAAAGUCAUCACGGACUCCACUGUACACUUAAUCCAGUUGUUGGAGAACUAUAAGGAAAAGCUCCAGGAGUUUGCCAAGGAAGAGGAGUAUGACAUCAGAACUCAAGUGUCUGCUGUUGUUCAGCGCAAAUACUGGACUUCAAAACCUGAGCCCAGCACCAGGGAACAGUUUCUCCAAUAUGCACACGACAUCACGUUCGAUCCGGACACAGCACACAGGUAUCUCCGGCUGCAGGAGGGCAACCGCAAAGUCACCAACACCACACCUUGGGAGCAUCCCUACCCGGACCUCCCCAGCAGGUUCCUGCACUGGCGGCAGGUGCUGUCCCAGCAGAGUCUGUACCUGCACAGUUACUAUUUUGAGGUGGAGAUCUUCGGGGCAGGCACCUAUGUUGGCCUGACCUGCAAAGGCAUCGACCGGAAAGGAGAGGAGCGCAACAGUUGCAUUUCCGGGAACAACUUCUCCUGGAGCCUCCAAUGGAACGGGAAGGAGUUCACGGCCUGGCACAGUGACAUGGAGACCCCGCUCAACUCCGGCCCUUUCCGGAGGCUCGGAGUCUAUGUCGACUUCCCAGGAGGGAUCCUUUCCUUCUAUGGUGUAGAGUAUGAUGCCAUGACUCUGGUUCACAAGUUCGCCUGCCAGUUUUCAGAACCAGUCUAUGCUGCCUUCUGGCUUUCCAAGAAGGAAAACACCAUCCGGAUUGUGGAUCUGGGAGAGGAACCCGAGAAGCCAGCCCCGUCCUCGGUGGAGACUGCUUCCUAGCCUACAGGAACCGUAUGCCAGGCCUUUGCUAGCCAUAGUGAUGGCAUUUGCAUUUUAGGGUGAUUUGUGGGCAGAAAUAACUGCCAAUGGCAGCAGGCUUUUGAAAUCCUAUGCGUCUCUGAACGAGAAGAUUCUCCAGCUGCUCUCUUUUGCUCCAUACGGUGCUGUUCUUUAUGUGUUUGUAGUAAUUCUUUUUUUCCUUUUAUUGAGAGUCUCGCACUGUUGCCUGGUCUGGAGUGCAGUGGCGUGAUCUCGGCUCACUGCAACCUCCACCUCCCAAGUUCAAGUGAUUCUUCUGUCUCAGCCACCGAGUAGCUGGGAUUACAGGAGCCUGCCACCACGCCCAGCUAAUUUUUUGUAUUUUUUAGUAGAGACACGGUUUCACCAUGUUGGCCAGGCUGGUCUUGAACUCCUGACCUCGUGAUUCACCCUCCUCAGCCUCCCAAAGUGCUGGGAUUACGGGUGUGAGCCAUGCCUGGCCUGUUUGUAGUAAUCUUAGGCACCAAGUCUCCCUCGUCUCCUAGUACCAGUCUCCUGUCUGCUCAGGUAAAUGUCACAUUGUGCCCAGAAUGGAUGACCAGGAAUCUUCAGAGUGGCUGAGAAGAUUGUAGAGUUACCAUAAUAACUUGAGAACUUGGGUA